AUGAGUGUUGAAAGUGCCAAAAAGCUUGCUGCCUACAAGGCAGUCGAUGAAAACUUCCCUCCCGCUGCCAAAGUGGUGGGAGUCGGUUCCGGCUCGACUGUAGUUUAUGUGGCCGAAAGAAUCGGACAAUUGAAGAACAAACACCAAUUCGUUUGUAUUCCUACUGGGUUCCAAAGUAAGAACCUCAUUAUCGACAACGGGUUGCAAUUGGGAUCCAUAGAACAGUACCCCGAUGUUGACAUUGCUUUUGACGGGGCUGAUGAAUGUGAUCCCCUGUUGAAUCUUAUUAAGGGCGGAGGAGCCUGUUUAUUUCAAGAGAAGUUGGUGGCAGCUUCCGCCAAAACCUUCAUUGUAGUUGCUGACUACAGAAAGAAAAGCCCCAAGGCUCUCGGUACCAACUGGACCCAAGGUGUACCUAUUGAGGUGGUACCCAAUGCCUGGGUCAAAGUUUCCAGUGAAUUGAAAAAGUUGGGUGCUAAGAAAAUCGACUUAAGAUCGGGAGGAAAUGCUAAAGCCGGGCCUGUGAUCACCGACAACAACAAUUGUCUUCUCGACGUAGAUUUCGGAGCCAUUGAAGACCCCGAAGCUUUGCACACUAAGAUCAAGGCAUUGGUUGGGGUGGUGGAAACAGGGUUGUUUUGCGGAAUGGCCCAAAAGGCAUACUUUGGUGAAGAGAGUGGUGAGGUGAGUGUGUUAGCUAAGUAA